CGAGGUAAAUACGCACAUCUCCACCUUGUUUUUGCUGCAACCACGUAGCAACGCAAACGUAUUCUGGCCACCGAUUGGCCAAUUAAUUAAUUUGACCGCGUUUCACAGCCACUCAAGAAGGGGCUCGAGCUUCGGUGAAUGGCGUGUUCUGAUUGGUUGAAUCUGUUGGUCAGCCGAGCGCGAGGAAGGUAUAAGCAAUCAGAAGGUUUCGCUGCUACCUUUGAGUGUUUGGAAGAAGCGUUUCGUGUUUUUGUCCGAAAAUUCGUCUAAUUUAACUUGUUUUCACAAAUUAAGCUUGAGGGUGAAAAAAAAAAAACCCAUAAAAGGAGUCCACUCGUGGAGAAAGCCAUGGUUGCCACGAGCACAUUAAAGGCGAAAAGCGGCGAGUACGUUUGGGAUUCGUCUGAGAGGCGAUAUGAGCAGGAAAACGAGCUCGAUUUUUGGGAUCGCUACUUGGCUCAGCAUCGGAGGAGUUUGGACACCCGUGAAGAGAGGUCGUGUCAGCAGCUGGCCAAGAUGUUUGAGAAGUGUCUGUCAGGAGCAAAGAAGACGACCCUGCAGUGCUCCUCUGUGCUGGUGCCAGAGACUCUUACACGAAGAGUAGCCCACGAAGUUCUGCGCCUGGCAUGUGGUGAACCCUGCGGCCUGCGUGGCUCCAUAAUCCAUGUCCAUGUGGAGCUGGACAAAGGCUGCAAGAACCUGGACAAGAUUGUGUACGAUGCCACUGUGGUGCCCACGUUUGAGCUGACAGUUGUGUUCAAACAGGAUGGGCUUGCCUGGCCCAGCCUCCGAGACUUUUUCUUUAUGGGAACCUGCUUUGCCUCAACAUUCAGGCACGCACUUAAACUCAGCCCAAGUUUCCGGCUCACCAAGAAAAAACUGUACUCCUCUUCAGCUGGCACUGUGGUGGAGGAAUGCUGAGCAGUGUGCACUUGUACUUUUUGUAACGUACAUCUUUCUUCUGCAGUUUUUUGUACAAUGAACAGUUAAACAGCUGGUAACAAAUCGGUUGGUUCCGGGGUUAUUCAGCUUUGAAUGUUGGGGUAAGCAAGCACAAAAUGAGCCCGAACAUUCUGGAAUUGGGUUCACAGUAUCGUUAAGUCAGUUUUUAGCAAUUUUUCUAAUAUUCUGGAUGUUUUCCAAGAGAGCAUUUUCAAUCAAUUUUAUUUAUAUAGCGCCAAAUCACAACAAAUAGUUGCCCCAAGGCACUUUAUAUUGUAAGGCAGGUUUUCUGCUCAGACAUUAUAAAUUGUGCUUUUUGCAGCUGAUAGAGGAAUGUUUGACAGACAUGCGUACUGUGAGCACAUGAUUAAACACUCACCACUAUGAUACAUCUGCACAUUUUUCAUAUGAACAUAACAGGAAGCUGACGGUUUGUCAGUCAUUAGGGGCCAUAUGUAGCUUGUUUAUGAACUUUUAAAUGAGUCUGUAUGUCGCUGCUGUCAUGGUGUGGGCUUCUCACACUGAGGGAAGGUUGAUGCUUUGCUAUUUGAGUUUUUUUUUUUUUUAUGCACUUAAGUCACAGGUAUGUGCAAAUUUAUUGGAAAUCAUUUAUGCUGUCAAACUCUGCACAUCAGUUGUUGCUGAGCCUUUACAGUAUUAAUGAAAGUCACUUAAAUGUUAAAGCAUGUGGUUUUUCUUUUUCCCUCUUUCUUGAAAUGUGGGGAAACGUAGUCUUGUGACUGACUUCUGAUGUUGAUCCAAAGCGAUUAAAAGUUCUGGUGAAUUCUG